AUGCAGACCCGUCGAUCAGCAAGAAUCGCUAGCAAGUCCGUACCUGCGGCCGUCCCCCCAGAGACACCAGCAAGUACCAGAAAGCGAGAUGUUUCAGGGUCAACCAAGGCCACAAGAGCCACCCAGCUCCUUGAAAAGCAAGAGCAGUUGUUGGAAACACCAACUACUGCAAAGAAACUCCGCCUUGAAGGCGUCGGUCUUGGAGACCAUGAGGCCCCUCUUGGAGGUGAGGCUGUCCCUCUUGGAGGUGACCAUUCUUUAGAUGCCCCCUUUGGAGGUGAGGCUGUCCCUCUUGGAGGUGACCAUUUUGGAAAUGCCCCUCUUGGAGGUGACGCUACCCGUAUUGGAAACGGUGACUAUGAUAAUGAUUUUGCCCGUAUUGGAAACGGUGAUUAUGAUUAUGAUUUUGCCCGUCUUGGAGACGAGGUUGAUUGGGAAUGGGGCCCCCGUGAAGGUGAGGCUACCCGCCGCGAUGCUGAAGAAGCCCGGCCUAGAUAUGAAUUUGGCAGCCGUCAUCAAGACGAGCAAAUCCGUCGUGAUGCUGAUGAAGCCCGGCGUGCUGAAGAAGAAGCAGAACUCCGUCUUGAAGACGAGGAAAUACGUCGUGAUGCUGAGGAAAAAGCCCGCCGUCAAGAAGACGAGGAUGGAGAAUAUGAAUAUGAAUAUGAAGAAGAAGAUUUUGAAGGAGAUGAUGUUGAUCAUUUCCCGCUUGAUGAAGAUGAAGUCCCCCCUGAAGAGGAGCAAGAACAAGAUAAAGAAGAAAAAGAAGAAGAUAGUGAAAAUGAGAAUGAGAAGAAAGAAACGGCCAAAGAAUUGAUACGCCGCCUUAACGAAGAGUAUCCCGUAGAUGAAAAUGAUUAUGAUAAGAAGAAAUUUCGGGACGACUUUUCACAGAUGAUUAGGACCCUUUGUGCUUGGGCCAAAGAUAGCACUAUACUAGCCAUCAAUGCCUGGAUGAGCUUGAACUCCACUGAUAGAGAAAUGACAAGGCCAUUCCGAGGCAUCCUCAUACAUGCCGACUGUGAACAGUUGAUCGAAGAUCUCCUAGAACAUAUGCCAGAUAAGGUACAACAAGUGCUUGGAAGGCCCAACCUCCAGCCAAUUGAUCUGCUAGAUCUGCCUGAGGUACCAAAACGCUUUGAACACCGCCUAGUGUAUACAAACGUCCCGGUUGACGUUGGAGUUGACAAUGUUGUUCAAGCGCAAUCUCAAUUGAUGACCAAUUACCAUCUGGUCAAGACCCUUAAGCCUGGCACAACCAUUAAGAGCAAAAUGGAUAUCAGAGCAUAUGUUGGUUCUUCAAUUAAUAAAAAGGGUGGAUAUCUACGCCUUCGAGACCAUGAGAGGAACUCCAACACUGGUACCAAAGAGAAGAGUAAGCAAUAUACCUUUACUAGACAAGGUAGUGUCAUUUGCAACUUCCGACUUGUAGCAGCAUUUAGUCAGCCAAUAGACCCUAACCAUGAUUUAGACAGAUAUAUGUCUGUCUUCUGUGAGGGACUUAUAAUAGCAUACCUCGGACUGCUAGAUCGCAGUAGCCGCCCAAAUGUUGAUUCGUCAUUAUGUUUAUUUUCAGACGCCAAAUAUAAUUGUAUUAAUCAGUUACGAGAGUCAUUAGACCUUCCCGCUCUUCACCAGCACUCUCUGAACAGCGCAUGGCCUCUCGCACAGGGAGUUUGUGGAGGAAUGAGAGUCCAGAAGGAGUGUGGACAUUGCAAGAGAAGCAACUUGACUGCUUCCGGCAACAAGAUCAACUUCGUUACUGUGGGGGAUAUACGCGUUUGCGCUGCAUGCUACAAAUAUCACCGUAAGCACGGUCACCAUCGUACUGUUAUUGUCACGAAUACAAUUCACGAUAAGCGAUUGGGGCCGAGGACUUGUGUUAAUCCCAGCUGUGGCAAAAUUGAGGGCAAUUGUAAAAAAACAGCUUGGGUCGCAGACAAAGAUGACAAAGGCAAAAUCAAAUGGAGAUGCUGCUCUUGUGCACAAUAUCUUAAGCACCAUCCCGGCACAGAAUGGUCACCCACCGUGAGCAAUCAUUACAACCCUUUAUUGGAAGGGCCCAGAGCCUGCGGGAAUCCUAACUGUGAUCGAGUCGCGGACCCUGGUCAGAAGGGCUGGUACAGAGACAAAGACGACAGAGACAUAUGGAUAUGCGGCCGCUGCUAUGCUCAUCGCCGCGCGAAACCCGGCACAGAAUGGAAAGCCACCGCGACAACGAAGUUCGACCCUCGCAAAGCUUUAAGGACCUGUUGCAAUCUCAACUGUGGUCGAGUGGAGGAUCGUACAAAGAACGAGCGCUGGACAAAAGACAAAGACGACAUAAACAAGUACAGGUGCUAUCGCUGCUAUACGUAUUUUUACAGGACUAGUCGAGAAUGGCAACAGCGAGAGCCUAGAAGCUGCCUCAACCCCGAAUGUGAUAGAGUUGAGGACCUUGAACGCAAGGAUAACUGGUGCGCAGACAAAAACGACCCGAAAAAACACAGGUGCAAUCGCUGCUAUCAACAUCUCAACAAGCAUGGUCAAGAAUACCCACAGAAAUGA